AUGGCAGACGAGCCACACAAGCAACUGCUUGACGAGCUAAACAAGCAUUUGAUACAGCCCGACGAUAAUUCAAGCCCGGGUGACAUAUCGAUGGCAAACAGCGGCGAAGGAUCUGCUGCUAGGUCGAACCCCUUUUCAUUCUCAUUUUCGAGUGCUCCGCAGAGCAACACUAUGAAUUUCGGCUUUGGCCAGCGUGGGGGUGCUACCACUUUCGGAGGGAGUUCCGCAACACUCUCCUCGGGUUUUUCCUACUCCUCCCCUCUGGCUGCAACAGCUGGAACUUCCACUACAUCCAGACAAGCGAAGAAUACCUUUCAGCCAAAGGGUUUCCAGCCGAUUCCGAAAACCGCGCAUACCUCAUAUGGAGAUCAAUUCAUAACCAACACCAGAGCGCUUGAAUUUGGAUACAGUCAAGAUGUACUGAAUACCACCACCAGUGGCUAUUUACAAUCACUCCGAGCAGGCUCGGUUGACUUCAAUGGCGAUAGCACCGACUCUGCCAAGCUUGCAGAAAUCAGAACUUGUCCUCUGUUUUCGGAACAAGUGCGUAUCGCAUUGCGUGGAGGCAUCUUGCAAGGCCUAGGAUCUGAUGAAGACCCGUUUCCACAGUUUGGUCUCCUGGGAAUACGUGAAGAGACGUACAAUUCCACUCAUAGUGACGGCCGGCAGACGUCACCCAUUGAGCAAAAUCUGGUCUUUGCUAAUAUGAAUGCGCCGUGGUCAGCGUUUAUCUGCGGCUCACAGGGGGCUGGCAAGAGUCACACUCUCUCAUGUAUGUUGGAGAAUUCGCUCCUCACCACGUCCACAGCUGGCGCCAACCCCAGACCUCUGGCAGGAUUGGUGUUUCACUUCGAUCAUUUCACUGGUCCAGACAGUACACAGGUGUGCGAAGCAGCGUAUCUGUGUUCGUCUGGUGUUCCUGUCCGUGUGUUGGUCUCGCCAACUAAUUACCACAUGAUGAAGAAAUUAUACCACAACUUGCCCGGCUUGCCUUCCAAUUCUCCAAAACCAGAGGUCAUUCCGCUCCGGUUUAGUGAGCAACAACUCAACGUGACGAGAAUGAUGACUCUCAUGGCUGUUAGGGAGGAUACACAGCCACCUCUUUACCUUGAAGUGGUCUACAAGGUGCUUCGCGACAUGUCCAUGGAAAUGAAAGGCGCAGGUGGUCUGGACUAUGGCGAGUUCAAAUCACGGCUGAGCAGCCAAGGAUUCUCAGAGGCUCAAAGCGGGCCACUUCGCUUGCGAUUACAGCUACUCGAAGAAUACCUUGCUGCCAGAGAGCAGACAAUUCGCUCAAAGGCUGUACUCGACAGCAUGUUCAAGUCCACGCAAGGCAGUCUUACGAUCGUCGACCUUAGCGGUCCCUUCGUCAACGAGAAUGAUGCUUGCGCCCUCUUCAACAUCUGCUUGUCUAUCUUUAUGGAGAAUCGAGGCGAAUGUGGCCGGAUCAUCGCGCUGGAUGAGGCACACAAAUUCCUGACCAAGACCGGAGAAGCCGAAAAGUUGACGGAGCAGCUCGUUUCACUCAUCCGUCAGCAACGCCAUCUGGCCACCCGUGUCAUCAUCGCGACCCAAGAGCCUACUCUUUCUCCCACCCUGCUAGACCUUUGCAACGUGUCCAUCGUCCAUCGCUUCAACUCGCCAGCUUGGUACAAAGUGCUUCGGGAUCAUCUUGCAGGGGCAUGUUUGAACUUUCGGUCCGAUGGAGAGGAAUUGUUCGCGACCAUUGUCGGCUUACAACCCGGACACGCUUUGAUAUUUUGUCCUUCGGCCUUGCUGGAUGUCGCAGGUGGGAAUGUGGCAACUUUGAAGAAUUCUUUUUUCAGAAUCAGAAUCCGUGCACGCAUCACUGUCGAUGGCGGCCGGAGUAUCAUGGCGUCUGACGACACAAAAGUCGUUCAGAUGCAAGAUAGCACUGCUGAAGAACUAGUGCGCCCCUUCUCGCUGCCGGCACCAGUACCGGCCAUCUCGUUGCAGGCUCUAAAAGUCCACGGCCACGGAACUAUCCAAGCUACUUCCAAAACCCUUGUUGGAGCGAGAUCAUUCCCACGACCUGCGCCUGCCGCCGCCAACUCGACCACUCCCUCAACGUCGUCCACGGCAGGUCAAAACAAGCCGCCGACAGAGCCCAGAGCUCUCAAAAGAAGUGACAACUCCCCUGCUAUGGUGAAGAAGUCCGCACCCCCUGACUCCGCCUCCGAGCGCGCUCGGGCAACUGCGUUUCUCGAAGAGGCGACUACGAAAUGUCUGCUUGCAAAACCCCGAGAGCUCUGUUACAGCACGGUACAUGAGGAGGCCUCGCGGGCGUCUGGCUGGCCCAAAGAGCGCCUUUCGGGGAAAUGGGCCAACAAUAUCAUACGUGACCAGAUGACGAAACAUACCAAGGCAUAUGGUACCACACCGCCAAUGAUGUUCGCUUAG